AUGGCUUCUACCGUUGGAAAGACGAUUACUUGCAAGGCCGCCGUCGCCUGGGAGGCCGGCAAGGAGCUGAGCAUCGAGGAUGUCGAGGUCGCGCCGCCCAAGGCGCACGAGGUCCGCAUUGAGAUCUACUACACCGGAGUGUGCCACACAGAUGCCUACACACUGUCCGGAAAGGACCCCGAGGGUGCUUUCCCCAUCAUCCUGGGGCACGAGGGAGCUGGUAUCGUCGAGUCUGUCGGCGAGGGCGUGACGUCAGUGAAGCCGGGUGACCAUGUCGUCGCCCUCUACACACCAGAGUGCAAGGAGUGCAAGUUCUGCAAGUCGGGCAAGACCAACCUGUGCGGCAAGAUCCGAGCCACCCAGGGCAAGGGUGUGAUGCCGGACGGCACCUCGCGCUUCAAGUGCAAGGGCAAGGACCUGCUGCACUUCAUGGGCACAUCUACCUUCAGCCAGUACACGGUCGUGGCGGACAUCUCGGUGGUGGCCGUGCAGCAGGACGCCCCGAUGGACCGGACCUGCCUGCUGGGCUGUGGUAUCACGACCGGUUACGGCGCGGCACGCAUCACCGCCAACGUGGAGGCCGGGUCCAACGUGGCCAUCUUCGGCGCGGGCUGCGUCGGCCUGAGCGUCGUGCAGGGCGCGGUCAUGCAGGGCGCCGGCAAGAUCAUCAUUGUCGACGUCAACCCGGCCAAGGAGGAGUGGUCCAAGAAGUUCGGCGCCACCGACUUUGUCAACCCGACCAAGCUGCCCGAGGGCCAGACCAUUGUCGACAAGCUCAUCGAGAUGACCGACGGCGGCUGCGACUACACCUUUGACUGCACCGGCAACGUUAGCGUCAUGCGCGCCGCCCUCGAGGCCUGCCACAAGGGCUGGGGCCAGAGCAUCAUCAUCGGUGUCGCGGCCGCCGGCCAAGAGAUCCAGACUCGCCCAUUCCAAUUGGUGACGGGCCGUGUCUGGAAGGGCUGCGCGUUUGGCGGCGUCAAGGGCCGCUCUCAGCUGCCCGAUCUCGUGGGCGACUACCUUGCCGGCAAGCUCAAGGUCGACGAGUUCAUCACGCACCGCAAGAAGCUGGGCGAGAUCAACAAUGCUUUCGAGACCAUGAAGUCCGGAGACUGCAUCCGAGCCGUGGUGGACAUGCGUGCGCUAUAA